UUGUCAGUAGUAUUCAAGCCUCUUUAAGUUCAAAGAAAACCAAAAGAAGGAUGAUUAACCUAGCCAGCAACCCAGAGGUGGGAUAUCUGACGCAACUGAGAUAAGCCCAUUAACCACGUAUUAGGUAUAAUUAGCAUUCAGACGCAAGCAGAACUCUUACCCAGAGGAUUAAACCCUGGACUGAGCAGAAACACUGUCAGGGGCGAUUAGGUAACACCUCAUCAGAGGAGAGGGCAUAGGAAUUGCAUGGAAGAACAUUUUGUUCAACAGCCGUUGCAUCCACAGCCGUCAGCUCUCGCCUAGGAGCUACAUCCCAGUGCCGGUGGCAGCAGAAGAGCUCUGGGAGCUGAGGAAACACUGGGGGGGGUCCAGCAGAGCAGCUGUAAAGAUCCAGAGAUGACGAUUCAGUCUCAACAAACGUUUGAGAAGCCGUCUGAUUGGUGUCAUACCAAGGACUAUCCAAAUACCCAGACAGAGGGAUCUGAGAGGCGUGAGUCUGACACACCCAGCAUCCCAGCAAUGAGUGAGGAACCAGCCACCAACAUCAACACUGAAGAUGCUCCAACUGGUCCCCCCACGCCACGCAAGGGGCCUCCCAGGUUCAAGCAGAGGCAGUCAAAGCAGUUCAAGAGCAAGCCACCUAAAAAAGGAGUAAAAGGGUUUGGAGAUGACAUCCCAGGCAUGGAGGGACUGGGCACAGAUAUCACAGUGAUUUGCCCAUGGGAAGCUUUCAGCCAUCUGGAACUGCACGAGCUGGCCCAGUUUGGAAUCAUCUAAGACACCAGCAUCUCUUCUGGUGUCACCUGGUGACUCCACAGUUCCCAACAUGGUCUUCAUCACCUUUGACACUUAUUUUUGGCCCUUACAUUCACUUGCUCAUGGCCAGGGUGGUUCUGCAAGAGCUAGUUAUGAGAAAGUCCUUUGCAGAUUAAUUUGGCAAAGAAGUUACCCGAGGCCCUGAACAGACCUCUUGCUCCAUGGGAUGAAACUACUGAAAAAUGUCUUAAUGCCUCCCUGCACUAUAUUCUGUCUUUUCCCACUGUUGUAGAGCUUCGUGUUUAUGGAGAUAGAGGGAGGCUGUAUUUGAACUUUCCACCUGGUUAACUUUCCCCCUGUUUAGCUGUGCAUGGGUGUGCAUGUAUGUCCAGAUCUAAUUAUAUCAAGACCAUUCUGGUUUCUUCCUUCCUUCCCUGACAGCUUUCUAUAUAGGAAUUCCAUGGAUAUGUCCCCAUGUUAUCCAGGCCACCAAUUAUUUGUUGAGAGUAUAUCUGUAGAGAACAGCAUUAGAGUUACCAGUCCAGACAUAAGGCUAUUUUUUUUGUAGGAGACCCUUCCCCAGGAGUUCACCAUAAAGAAUCUACUGCUAAGAUUUACCUCAUCAGCAAAUGGAAAAAAGGACUUGCAAAUGUUUUCUCUGCUGUACUGCCCCCAAGCUAUGAGCCAUGAGACUCUGGCUGUUCUAAUAACAUUAAAGGGGAACACGUGUGUCUGAGAUCAAUAGCUACGUGAAUUAAUCCUACUAUUCAUUCCUUUGUGGUUGUAAUUUCAAAGAAGCAGCACUUCAAAUGGCACUGUGUUUCCUCUACUUCAGUGGAACACCCCUGUGUGACACCUGCACCGUCCUCAAGCCCCUGCAUACUUACAUGAGGCAUUUGAUCCCCUGGACAUAUUUGCUGCCAGUUAAGAAGACAGAGAAUCAUUACAAUCUGUCACCAGACAGUGCCAGUAGUCCUGCCUCAUCUAGCAGAAGAUGAUAUUGCAUUAGUUGCUCCCUCUUCCUUGUAUUUAGCAUGGGGCAAGUCUCCCUUCACACACACACCCAUCAGCAGGAAGGCUUUUCUCUCUUCACCCUCUGGCAACUUCAAGUUCUGGAGCUUGUCUGGACAAGCAGGCAAAUGGUGGUUCCCAAGAGAGAGAUAACAGCAGAACAGGUGGGGAGGCAGGAGGAGGUUAUGAUGUGUAUAUGCAGGCAAGCACAGUGCGAACCCACUUUACCUCAUUGAUUUGUGUCUCCUGGUCUCUGGCAGCCUGAGUGCUGGUGAGUGGGGCGGCACUCAUAACCACUUAAAUGCUCAGGGAAGGCACUGAGAUUCCCUGCUGCCCUGGUGUUAAUGAAGGGCUUUUGCCUUGUUGGGGGGCAAGGAGUGAGCUGUUGUAGCAAGGAUUUGUUGUAUCUACAUAAUAUUCAUAAGAUGAGGUGGAUUUUAAUCAUCGCCUUCACCUUGACGAGCCUCACUGAGUAAGAACAGGCUCCCCCCAGCUUAUCUUUCCUAUGCUGAACAUGUUAAUGGGAGCAAAGAGUGGUUGUAGAGAGGAGAGCAAAUCCUGCCUAAAAAUUCAAUCCCCAUAAAGCACUGCUAUAAAUCCAUGGCCGUGGUAUAGUUAUCUGCUACUGUUAUUCCAGAAAUAAAAGCUAUCAGUUUUCAUUUAAAAUAUAGCUUCAGCACCAAAAGCUGAAGGCAAUUUCUGUUGGCAGUCCAGAGUACAGCUUUUAUUAUUCAGCACUCCUGCCAUUAGAAACAGCAGUAAACCAACAAACAGUUCAGAACCGCAACACAAUCACAGUGCAGGAGUCAUGUACCAUUUAGCUAAUUGCAGCCCACAGCUAUUUCCUUGGGCAGAGGCAAUCUGUCCUUUCCACUUACUCCCAAUGUCUCCUGCCUUUGUAACCUUUUAAGGCUUUUCUUCUUCCCCUACGUGUUCCUUAUGUAAAUGAUGUUUUAUUUAGCUUUUACUGUAGGGGACUGAUUUAAUUUUUUUCAAGCUCAUGUGCUAGCCCUCUCCUUCUGUGGUUAAAUGUGAAUGUUCCUAUGUCAACGCUCUUGUGCUUUCCCUCACAUUACACCAUCCUGUAGCAUGUGAUCUUUAUUCUACCUUCUCAGUUUGUCCUCCUCUAUCUGGGAAAAGACCCGUUGGAUCCAAUUUUGGAUCCUGCAAGCUGGCUGCCUCUAUUACCAUUGAGUUUUCCCUUUUUUAAGCAGGAGAACAACAAGAAGAGAACCUCUGAAUUAGGCCUUUUGCUUCCUUUUCAUCACAGACCUUGGGAAAACUGUCCAAAGAUAGUGAUAUCCUCUGUCAGAAAAUACUGGGGUAAAUGUAAAGUUCUCCUUAGUCCAGGGACUAAAGCAUUUCAGCAAAUUGGAGUAGUUCCACAUCUGAUUGCCAUAACUCUAGCUCCCAUCAGAGAAGUACUCCAUUCUCCUUCCUAGAGGAGUUCAGCGGGAAUGCACAAAUACCCCAGUUCUCAUGCCUGGCUGAUGAGCUGUAUCAGAAGAUGUUUUGAGUCAACACAGUCUGUUAGUUACUUUAAAAAUAAUUUCUAUUCAAUAACAGGGAUUAUAUUCCUUCCUUUACUUGUAAGGAAUUUUGAGACUUAGAAGAUGAGUCCUAAAACGUCCUCACAGUUGUUUUGCCUCAGAUUCUGAGUUUUUUGUAAUGAGCUAUAACCCCUGAAACCCCAGUCUUUCAAACAGUGAUGUUUAUGGUGCAAGAAAGCAACUGUGUUAAAGUAGCUUGUUGAACAACUUCAGUCUAUAUGCACUGUUAUAUGUUAUUCUCUUCUUUUACUAUAAAAACAAGUCAAAAGCAAUAAAAAAUAACAAAAAAUGUUUUAAAAAUCA